GGCAAUUUGAUUUGCAUACUUUUGGCGCCAAAACAGUCUAGAUGAUAAAUAAUGACUGAAAAUUUGUCUACACAGCUCUCAAAAACAUUUUAUCCGAUAGAUGAACGUGUUGGAGCGUCUAUGAGAGUUGUAUCUGGCCACCAAAGCAGGCAUAAACAGAAGCAUAUAGCCUUUACAAUUUCAUUAACAAAACCAACUAGUAUUCAAGUAUAUUUGAUUAAAGUUACUGAAAAAAAUGAAAUCAAAAAAGUAUUACUUUGCAAUGUUAAGAACAUAAAGAAAAUUGACUGCAGGGAUACAAAGACACAACCUAGUUAUGAGUUGCAAAUCAUUACAGAAAAUAAAGUUAGUUGAUUUUGAUAGCUAACAUGUUAUUUCCAUUAUUAACGUGCAUGUAUGAAGCGAACAAGGUAUAUGCCUCCUAACUAUUUCAUGUUCAGUACUUCAGUGGAUGAGUAGGCAGUAUAUUGUUUAUAUAUGCAUUUUCAUGUCACACUUCUGAGCACGCUUUCCAGAUUCAGAUUAUAAGGAUAGAAGGCUCUUGUUGCCUAUGUUAAUCCUCGCGAUAUAUAUGUCUGCAGAGAUCCAGUUUCUCUUUGAAAGCGUUCACCGAUGGAGCUGUUACUACUGAAUCAAACAUGGGUGUUUAAUGCGUCAAAGCUGGAAGAGAAACGACAGUUUAUUAGCCUAUUUUGUCGUAUAUUCGCCACACUCUUACCGCAUAUUUUCAAAGAUGUUGAAUUAGUCAACUUUCCACAGAAUAUUAAUAUAUCACCUAUUGGACAAAAUGAAUCGUUAGAUGUCUUGUUGAAUCCUGAUGUGGAGGCUUCAUCAGCUACAGGUGGUGGUGGUACUGCUGGAGGUGGAGAUGGCAAUGGUGGUGGUGGUGAACGUCCUUCAGAUGCAAAUAAGGUCGGGGAGGUUGGUUCACCACUGUCAGAUGGUUAUCGUUCAUUGACUAAACGCGAAGAAGAUGAUAUACGUCAGUUUUUAGAUGAACUUGACAAUGAAUCAACGUUGUUCAAUGCUGCUCAAUUGACAGAACGUUUACAACAACAAUUAGCACAUAUUGAAGGUACAAAUGUUCAUUCAAUUAUGGCGUCUGAAUCACAAGUAUUAAGUCUUAUGACAACACUGGAUAGUGCUAUUGAACGAGCGGAAUUAUUAGAGAAACAAUUAAAUAAUUAUUAUCAUUUUUUAGAGGAAGUUGAAGAUGCUAUGGCCACUCUACGGGAUCAUGAUCAAUUAAUUCAAACCACGGUUGAUAAUCGUGUAAAUCUAUUGAAAGUUUUAGAAGAAUUAAUCGAUAGUUUAAAUGUUGAUCCAAGAUAUCUGCGUGUAUUAAUUGAAGGGGAUUUAAAUACACAAGAAGGCAUCACAUUGUGUAUAGAAGCAGCUGCCUAUUUAGAUCGUAUUAUGAAUUCUGGAUUUAAACCAGGUCAAGAACAUCUUCAAGCGGUAGAAGAAAGAAUGGGUGAGCUGAGAAAUUUACGUGAUGCUUUCGCAGUAAAACUCUCCGGUUAUGUAAAUGAUACAAUGUUACGAUUUGCUAGUCAACUUGGUUUUAUCGUGAAUACUGGUGUCAGUCUACCAUCGUUGAAUAAUGAUUCAUCAUCCUCGUUAGGAGUAUCUGGCAGUCCUGGAAAUGGAAGUACUACAACUACUACUGCUGGAGGUGGUGGUGGUGGCGGCGGUACACUAGAGAAAAAUAAAAAACACUCUUUAAUUAUCUCCAACUCGUUUCAUGUCGCUUCAGAGGUGUACGCAACACAACGUACUGGUCUGUUACAAUUAGCACCACUUAUUGGCAAUUGGUUACAAAUGAAUCGGAAAGAUUUAUAUAUUGAAAUUAAAAGGAUGUAUGUUAAAAAAUCACAAAGUUUCUUUAGACGACAAAUUCAAGAAGUAUUGAAAUUCACUGAAGAUUCUAUAAGAGCUCUUGUACGUCCAAGUAAAGCUAAGGAUUCACAACGUCUUGAUAAUAUUCCAUCUGAUGUUGGCAGUGUAAUGUCAUUACAAGUUUCUGAUUCAAAUUUUCUCUCUCAAGUUGAAAAUAUAUUUGAUAAUUGUUUCGAUAAAAUCCUUACAGUAAUACGUACAGAACAGGCGUUUGUAAAUCAAUUUUUCGGUUUUAAUUUACACCCACCAAGUGAUAAAUCACAUGACCAUCAAAAGCAUCGUAUUCUCUAA